UCGGUCACACAGCAGGGAUCCAGCCACUGGUACAGGCAGCUUCAACGUCUGGACCUGCAGAGGAUGUAGAGGGCCUGAUCAUGGGUGAAGUGCAAAAGGGGCUUCUGUCAGUCAUCCAAAAGCUGAAAGGCUCCGAAGAGCAAGACUUGCGGAUUGUUCUACUGGGGCUGGACAAUGCUGGCAAGACCACUUUGCUGAAGUGUCUGGCAUCAGAAGAGCUGGACACCGUCACCCCCACUCAGGGGUUCAACAUCAAGAAUGUCCACUCUGAUGGUUUCAAGCUCAGCGUUUGGGACAUAGGAGGACAACGGGCCAUCCGAGCCUACUGGAAGAAGUAUCUAGUCAGCACAGACAUAUUGAUCUACGUUAUUGACAGCGCUGACCAGAAACGCUUUGAGGAGACUGGGCAGGAGCUGUCAGAACUAGUGGAAGAGGACAAUCUCAUUGGUGUCCCUUUGCUGGUAUUUGCUAACAAGCAGGAUCUGGCCACAGCAUCCCUUGCAGCAGACAUUGCUGAAGGACUGAGCCUGCACAAGUAUCGAGACCGGCCAUGGCAAAUCCAAGCCUGUUCAGCCCUAUCUGGUGAGGGAGUCCAGGAUGGGAUGAACUGGAUGUGUAGCCAGAUCACAAGUCGGAAGAAAUAAUAGUGCUGAGUACAGGAAUGUAGUCGCAGCUCUACAGAAUCCGUAGGCCACAGCCUCAGUCCCAGAG